AUGUCUGGAUUAUCUGGUUUCGGCCAGGCCAACAAGCGAGGUUUCUCGUUCGGCGGUGCCUCGAACACGAACACGACGAAUACGGGAGGCAGUCUCUUCGGUGGUGGCGCGAACGCGAGCUCGGGAUCGAGCAGCGGCGGUCUGUUUGGCCAGGCGAACAACAAUAACAACGCUUCGACGCCCGCCGCGGGCGGCUCCACUGGCGGAUUGUUCGGCAACACGCAGUCAUCUGCGCCUGCGUCUGGCGGUCUGUUCGGUCAGAAGCCUGCCGCCUCGGCCGGCGGCAGCCUCUUCGGCGGCGGUGCGACCUCCACCCCGCCAGCAUCCUCCACUCCCGCGACCGGUGGCAGCCUUUUCGGCGGUGGAUCGACUACGCCUGCCGCUGGUGGCGGUCUCUUCGGCCAGAAGCCGGCCACGCCCGCCGCCGGAUCGGGAUCGACGACGCCUUCUCUCUUCGGCCAGCCUGCUGGCGGUGCUGCGGCUCCCAAGCCCGCUGGAGGACUUUUCGGAUCGACGACGCCGGCGGCAGGCACGCCCCCCGCCGGCGCUAGCACGCCUGCUGCCGGAGGAAGCCUGUUUGGCGCGAAGCCCGCCGACAACUCUGGAACGACGACGCCCGCGAAGCCGCUCUUCGGCGCUCCCGCUGCGUCUACGACGCCGUCAUCGGCUCCGCCUGCCGGAGGCAGCCUGUUCGGAGCCAAGCCCGCGACAGGAGGAAGCCUCUUCGGAGGUGGUGCUAACGCUUCGUCUUCCUCGACUCCGGCGGCCCCGGCUGCUCCCGCGUCUGGAGGUAGCCUCUUCGGUGCCAAGCCCGCUGACAACGCUGCCAGCGGCAGCUCUACCCCCGCCGCUGGCGGUGGCCUCUUCGGUGCUAAGCCUGCUGGUAGCACCGGCACGACGCCGGCCGGCAGCUCCACGCCCGCAGGUGCCCCUGCUGCCGGAGGGUUCAGCCUCUUUGGCGCCAAGCCUGCUGGAUCGACCGACGCGCCCAAGACAGACGCCGCGAAGCCGGCCGGUGGACUCUUCGGUGCCCCUGCCGCUUCCUCGACCACACCAACGGAUGCCUCGAAGCCCGCUGCUGGUGGACUCUUCGGUGCUCCGAAGCCGGCAGAGGAGAAGAAGGACGGAGCUGCCACCCCCGCCGCUCCCGCUGCGCCGGCCGCUGGUGGCUUCAGCCUGUUCGGCGCGAAGCCCGCUGAGAAGAAGGACGAGGAGAAGAAGGAUGGUGCUGCUGCCGCUGCCGCCCCUGGAGGCGGAUUCAGCCUGUUCGGCGCCAAGCCUGCUGAGGAGAAGAAGGACGGUGCUGCUACCCCUGCCGCCCCGGCCGCUGGAGGGCUCUUCGGUGCGCCGAAGCCCGCGGAGGAGAAGAAGGACGGAGCCGCUACGCCGGCAGCUGGUGGUAGCCUGUUUGGCUCCAAGCCCGCUACUGGCGCUGCCACCCCCGCCGCGACCGCCAGCAUGGCUGGCACCGGCGCUGCGACACCAGCGACCAAGCCUGGAGAGACUGCGGCUGCCGCUCCGACUGAAGGUGCCCCGUCUAUUCUGCGGGGCAAGACGCUUGAGGACAUUGUCGACGGCUGGCAACGUGACCUGGACGAGAGCGUGAAGAUGUUUGACAAGCAGGCGGGCGAGGUGCGCGAGUGGGACACUGUGCUUGUGCGGAACGGCAACCAAAUCGCGGCUUUGCACCGACAAGUGCUUGAUGCGCAGGCAAACCAAACCGCGCUCGAUCGCAACCUGGACUACAUCGAGUCGCAACAGAAGCAGCUCGACAACAUGCUGACGCACUACGAGCGGGAGAUCUCGACGUUCAUGGACAAGGACACGAAGCCGCUCACGGCCAAGAUGCCGGCUGACCGGGAGCGCGAGAAGUCGUACGCGCUCGCCGAGGACCUGAACAAGCAGCUCGACGACAUCAGCCGCAACCUCUCCCAGAUGAUCGACGAGGUCAACAAGCUCUCGGCCGGCAACCCCGGCGUUCAGCAGGCGCCCGACGCCAUCACUGCCGCCGACGCGCAGACCCAGCUCCCCGACGACCCCAUCAACCAGCUCUCCGCCAUCCUCGGCGCGCAUCUCCGCGCCCUCCACAGCAUCGACGCCAACUCGACCAAGCUCGGCGCCAAGGUCGACGAGCUCGAGACGAGACUCGGACAGGGCAAGGGCUUCGGCUCCCCCAGGCGAUGA